AGAAAAUAAAAAAUAAAAUUGUAAAUAGAGUGGGACGUGGUGUUUCCGGGCGUAAACAUAGGAUGAGAAGAAAGAAGAAAAGUGGUUUUUGUUUAUCAGGAAUCCGGCAAAUGUGAUAGGGAAAUUGGGUUUGUUGUUGUGUUAAGGGAAAAGAAAAAUGGUAAUGGAAGGAAGAGAAGAGAGUCCAAGAAGCCCAGAGGCGAAAUUGGGAAUGCAAGUGGAAGAUUUAUGGGAUAUUCAAGAACCACAGCUCAGUCCAACUGAAAAGCUUAAUGCUUGCUUUGAAAGCAUACCUGUUUCUGCUUUUCCACCUGCCCCUCUUCAUCAAGGAAUUGAGAUAAAAUCGGACUGCAGUUUAAGUGAAGCGGUUCAAAUAUUGGCUCAGCAUAAGAUCCUGAGUGCACCUGUGGUGGACGUUGAUGCACCUGAUCAUGCCAGUUGGAUUGAUAGAUACAUUGGUAUUGUUGAGUUUGCUGGAAUUGUUGUUUGGAUUCUUCAUCAGUCGGAACCUCCAUCCCCGAGAAGUCCGAAUGAUGGAAGUGCUGUGGCUGCAGCAGCAAAAAAGGUGAUAUCUCCUUUAGAACAGGAGAUACUAGGCCCAGAAUCCGCUGCAGCGACCUCGGGAAGCUUUUUCGAAUCCUUAACUUCCUCUGAGUUGUACAAGAACACCCAGGUGCGAGAUAUCUCAGGAUCAUUCCGUUGGGCACCAUUUCUUGCAUUGCAGACGUCAAAUUCCUUUUUGACCAUGCUCCUACUUUUAUCGAAGUACAAAAUGAAGAGCAUACCAGUGGUGGACUUGGGGGAAGGAAAGAUUGAGAACAUCAUAACACAAUCAUCUGUGAUUCACAUGUUAGCUGAAUGUGCAGGCCUUCAAUGGUUUGAAAGAUGGGGAACAAAGACGCUCUCCGACCUGGGUCUUCCAAUGAUGUCACCAGCUUCUAUUGUCAAGGUGUACGAGGAGGAGCCCGUUCUACAAGCAUUCAAACUUAUGAGGAAGAAAAGGGUUGGAGGUAUACCUGUUAUUCAAAAAAGUGGUAAGGCAGUUGGCCACAUUAGUUUAAGAGAUAUUCAUUUCUUGCUCACUGCACCUGAAAUCUACCAUGAUUACAGAUCAAUAACGGCAAAAAACUUUCUGACUGCGGUUAGAAACUAUUUAGAGAAGCACGAAGAGUUCUCUACAAUGUUGAGCAACAUGGUUACGUGCAAGAAGGACAACACGAUAAAGGAUCUGAUUUUGUUGCUCGAUUCUAAGAAGAUCAACCGUGUGUAUGUGGUGGACAAUGAUGGCAAUCUGGAAGCAGUCAUCACCCUUAGAGAUAUCAUCUCGAGGUUAGUCCAUGAACCUCGCGGUUAUUUUGGCGAUUUCUUCGAUGGUAUUCUGCCAGUGCCUCAGGAUUGUCGAGUUUGAGAGUGAAACGCUAUCCAACCAGCAAACAACACGAUGUUGCCAUCAAUUUACUUAGGAUUAGCAUUUUGGCUCUCUUAAUUUAGUUUUGUGUUCAGUGUGUUCUCUGUACUUGUUUCUCUAUGGUUCACACCUUGCAAAAUAAUUAGGACGUGAUAUGACAACAAUAGAUACCAAUUAAAACUAUGAAAUCCAUUGUCAAACUCUAAGAAACAUUUUUCUAAAGAAGUUGGUAUUGGUACCAAA